AUGACGCCGCCUCGGGCAGUGAAGGUGGAUGUGGAUCCAACUGCAGAGUGCCUGGUUUGCUCCGGGGAGGUCUCGCAGGAGAUUGCUGUGCCAGAGGAAGUGUUUCAGGCCUUGGACGAGCUGCUGGAGGACUCCACCCCGUGCUUGGUGCUGCUCUCACUGGAGGGCAUUCACGAGACCACGGCGGCCAACUGGGCGAUGAUCGCCUGGACUCCGGACAUCUCGCCAGUGAAGUUGCGGAUGCUGUGCGCCUCUUCCAGAAGGACCUUGAGAGAGGAGUUUCCGCAUUUGCGCUUCAAGGAGUAUAAUUGCAGUGAGAGAAAGGAGGUCACGUGGCAGCAAUACUUGGAGAGCACCCGCACUCGCACCGAGCAAGAUCGCUUUGCGGCCAUGACACAGGAUGAGAUUGACCAGCUGGAGGUACGGAAGCAGGUGGCGAAAGAACAAGCCAUGGCCCCAAAGAAGCUGGCGGGCCUGGCGGCGCUGCAGGUGAAGGUCAACGCGAGCUUCGAAGAAGCCAUGAAGAGUUUCCUGGAGAAGCCCGAGCAGUCGGCGGUGGUCGCCAAGCUGGACUCAGAGGAGCUUCAUGGUGAGCUUCUGGAGGAGACCAGUGCCGUGACGGCGCUGCGGGGGCGGCUGCCAGCAGAGCCUGCCUUUGUGAUUCUGCCAGCCCUAGGUCAGCAACUCCUUUUCAUCACUUGGCUGCCUGAAGGCGCUGGGGUGAGGCAGAAAAUGAAGAUCUCGACCUUCAAGGCCUCGGUGUUAGAGCAAGUGAAAGAACUCGCGGAGAAGGAGGUGGUCUUGGCAGAAGCCACGGACGAUGAUGACUUGGAUGAUAGCCUGGCUGCCUCCCAGAAGGCUGCUGUCUCGGCGACCUCGCCCGAAGCGGCGGAACCACGAUCCGCGCCGCUGGAAGCACCUGCAGGGCCAAAGCCGCCCGCAGGAGCCGUGGCCUUGCCGGGCUUGUCACCGCCCCGAGCUGCACAGGUGGGUGAAGGCUAUGCUAGCCCGAAGGAACCAAAGGAGGCGCCCAAGGAAGCACCCAAGGAGGCAUUGUUCCAGGAGAAGGAGACCGCGGCCAAGACCACGGCUUUUGCUGCGGGCACGGCAGGCACAGCGUCCGACAUCACAGAGAUCCUAAGCCUAGCUGAACUGCAAGAUGCUUCUGUGUGGAAAGCUCGCAAUGUGAUUGCCACUGAGCGGGAGCGCUACCUGCCUGAGGACGUCUUCCUGUCGCUGUUCGGGAUGGACAAGGCCGCCUUUGCAAAGUUGCCGAAGUGGAAGAGGGACAACAAGAAGAAGGAGCACGGCCUUCCGGAAGCUGCACGGCGGGCGAAGAUUCCAACGAUCAAGCAGAAGAUCUUGGAACGCCUCAAGGCACAGAAAGUGGAGAAUGCCUCAAAGCCGGCGCCCAAACCAGGUGCUGCUCCUCCACCGGCACAGGCACAAAGCGGGCAUAUCCCGCCGCCGGCCGGGCAACCGCCCGCCCCUCCGCCGCCGCCACCGCCGCCCUCCGAUGUGGGCGACGCACGGGUCUUGCGCCUCGAUGGUGUGGAGAUCUGUGGCGAUGAGCCAUGGUUUGCGGAUGCCAGCAUCCGCAAACGCCUUCGGGACUCCGUCACCGAGGCGCAUAAGGAACAGAAGAUUUUAGUGGGACCUCCUGCUGACGAGGUGGUGCGGAUUUGCCCAGAGGACGGCCGGGUGCUGGGCGCUGGGGCGGUGCUCCGCUUGGGUGGCGCCCACCUGGGCGGCUACGGCGAGUCGGACAUUGCCUACGCCUACCGCCAGCUUUCUCGAGCACUACAUCCUGACAAGAAUCCGGACCUGGACAAGGCACAGGCAGCUUUCCAUCGGCUCUCAGAGGCCUCGGAUGAGCUGCGACAAGGGCUUCAAGAGCAGCGAAACGCCUUGAAGCUCAUUGUUGGGGUCAUGGGUGGAACAGCCACGGAGAUGAUGCUGGAACGACCGCAAGAGGCGUUAUUUGCAGAAGCCUCGCGGCUUUUGUGUGCCGUGUGCGGAAUCGUGACAGAGGGAGAAGUGUCCCAUGUUGCGCAGGGCAGGGCGCAGUUCAAGUUCCAGCGGUCCUCUCGCAUGUUCUACAGCUGUCACAUGCAGACGCUGAUGUCAGAAUGGUUCGAGAAGACAUAUUUGCUUGAUCUUUAUGCAAGUGCACCCAUUCGGACGGCCUAUGAUUGCGCGCCCAAGUGCUUCCGAGCGCAAUUCUUGUGCCUCCUCAACCGGGCCGCUUUGGCCGAGGCCAAGAGAUUUAACGACUGCGUGCGCGCGGGUUGGCCGAAGAUCAUGCAGACCUUUCCUGAAAUGGGGCUGUGGCGUGAGCUACGGCAGGCCAUCCAUGCACGUGUGUGGGACACCAGUGGUGAGCCGGUGCCUGAAAUACAGGAGGAAAACCCAACGGAGGAGACCAAGAGGAGCAAAAGCAGGAAGAGGAGCCGGUCCCGGAGCCGGCGCCGCAACCGGGACCGGGACCGUGGCCGCGGGAACCGGCGGGAGGACGGGACCUACGAGAUCGACGAUGGCCGCCGCCACCGCGAUGAUACCAAUUGGUACGAGCGAAAUCCCAUCAGCGGUCGCGGUAAGGGGCCUUUGGCAGAAAGGGAGCGGAAACGCGACCUGGCCUGGGAGGCCCGGUGGACCGCCAGUGAAGAUGAUGGCCCAAAGCCAAUGCGGGCUCAGGAGGAGCCUGAGGAGGAAGUGGGCCGAGACCCACGGGAGGUCAUAGCGGUCCACCCCUCGGGUGCCCGCGCCUGCAAGUGGGCGCGGAAGUGGCGCUCGGCCAUGGCAGCCAUCCUUCCCAGCGGCAUUGAUGCCACAGCGCCCUUGACGGACACCGACGUGAGAAAGCUGGGCUUGCUGCUUUGGAAGGACAUCGCAGCGUGGGCCCAGCGAAGUGAGAUCAGCCGCUACCUGGGCCUCUUCCGAGCAGACCAUCAGACCUCGAAGACCUUCGGAUGGGAUGGGAAGGAAAUGCCUAGCACUCGUGGCUUGGAGCCAGCUCGCGUCCCGCCAGAGUGGUCCUUCGUGCCUGUCACGGACUUGUUUCUGGUGGUGGGAGAAGGGCUAGUGGGCAUCACCACGGAAGGCAUCUUCGGGGACUUGCCGAAGGGCACCGGAAGAACAAGCUUGAGGGAAUGUUAUAAGAAGCACGGCCCUCAGAUGAAGCAUGCCCAAACGUGGGCUACUGGGGAUGCCCACGCCGUGAUGCCAAGCUCAGAUAGCAACUUGCACCCACUAAGGAAUUUGCACAUUGUAGGACGAAGUGGAGCACAAGGAAGUGGUGUGAAGUAUUUGAUGCACAAGACAUGCGGUACUAAGAGAUGUUCUGCUAAGCGGCAUGGUGCAAAAUGUUUCUUCGGGGCCGUCUGUUGGGUUUCGCUUGGCCGAGGGAGAGGUUGA